AUGGCACCCUGUGCACUGGCCCUGGACCGUGUGGGUGGGAGGGGAAAGGCCUGGGUCCUGGGCAGGAUACAGCCCCCCUUCCAGGCACCCGGGGUGGGCUAUGGCCCCCUUUGCCCCUUUUCCCAGCCGGGUCUGCCCUGCUGCCUCUGGGUGGUCCCGAGUCCCCUGAGCAGCGGAGCCUCUCCUCUCCAGCAGGGCCUUGGCCACCCGGCCCUCACCGGCUGCGGCAUCCGUGGACACCAGCCGCCAGCAGUACCAGCAGCGCCAGCAGGCCGCAGAGCAGCGGGGGGAUGUUUCCUCCUGCCAGGGGGACCUGCUCACCUCCUGGAGCAGAGCCUGCCGGCAGGGGCACAUCCAGAAGGAGACCGCCGCCCGGUCACCUGGAAGAUCAACCGUGGCCCUGAGUCCCCGCAGGCGGGGCCCCAGCCCAGGCAGCGGCCCCCCUUCAGGCAGCCGUGGGAGUGGGGCCAGGCCACCGACUCCCCCGCCCACAAGGGCAUCCAGGCCGGGCAGACAGGUCUGCUGUCCAGGGGACUGGGUGCCCAGGGCCCCCCACGCAAGGGAGACAGUCUUGGAGGCCCAAAGAGCAGCUGGGGGCCUGCAGGCCAGACCAAAGCGGAGGCCUUCGGAAUGAGACAGGUGCCCCCGUGCCCCCUGCAGCUGCCCUUCCGCGGCAUCUCCCACGACAGCCUAGGCCGCGCCACCUACCUCUGUGAGCAGCACCGGCAGGAGCCGGAGAAGUUUCUGUACCCCGUCCUGUCUUCCUGGGAGUACAGCCGGCACGUGGGUAAGGGCCACCCCUCUCCUGCCAUGGCAGGCCUUUGCAGGCAGGCCUGGCCUCCCUCCUGGGCCCUGUCCUCCGUCAGCCCUCACCCACCAGCGUGUCCCUCCGGCCCACCCCUCUCGGAGCAGGCCACAUACCUUCACACUCCGGGCCUUGGGCAGGUCCUAGCUGUGGAGCCAAAGCAGAGUCCCCAGGUUCCCGGGCUAUGCCAGGCCCACCCUGCAGGGGACAUCGUGAAGGAUGCUGGGGCUCCAGCUCAUGCCAGGUCCCAGCCCAUCGCAAAGAGCUUUUACAUCAAAAGUAGCAUCUUCCACUUUCCACGGCGAACAGACCAGCUGAUGUGAACUCGCUGGGGGCUCUGGAGCCACCCACCCUCCCUCUGCUGUGUCCGGCCCUGCCUGCUCUGCUGAGGGUG